UGGUCUUAACCGAUUCAACCUAUUUUGUUAGCAAAAACAUAUUCAAAGCAUGGAACAGCAUGGUACUUAGUAAGUGUUUGUUGAAUGGGAAUUCUUCCAGCCCUGACAUCUGGUGCCAGAGAGAAGAGACACAUUUAAUCAUAGAAAGCCAUCGCAUGGCUCCAUCGUGUGUUUGGAAAUGGUUAUCGCAGCAUACUGUGGUAUGCUUUUGACUAUCUUGCGGUGUGUUAAACGAAGACCGCUUUAAAAAUGUUUUAAAGUAAAACAACAAUAUACACGAGGACAUUACUAUAAUUGAGAGACUCUAAAAUAUACGAGUUAUAGUGAAAACAGUGUCCGGUUGACCACGUGAAUAGUUCGCAUCUUUUGAUCCCGCCCAAGUCCUAAUCAAGCCAAUCACAACUUUGGAUCGAGCGUCGUGUUGACUUUGACAACCAAGCCCCGCCUCCAAAACGACGUAUUUUUUAAUGCUAUAAAGCUUAUUAAAUUUACAUCGUUUUUCUACCUUCUUACAUAUUUUUUGUUAAAUAAUUUUAAGUUUUGCCACCUCGGUAGUCGACGACUUUACAAAGGGCCUAAAAAAUCUGUUGCAAAGUCAAGUGACAGAGAUUUUGCAAGGUUCGAGCAACACAAAGCCCAAAAUGCGCUCGAGCUCAAGGUUCCUGACACGGAACUACGUAAAAGAUGAAAACACUGGAAAUAACACAAAACAAAAGAGGUAGGACCCUCAAGUUACGUUUUUUGACAAGAAGUUGGUAAGAAGUCUCUGUUUGAAUCGUCACUUGAUGAUGAAGGGGCGGGUUGGUGGGGUUAGUUUGUGAGCGUGCGGUUCUCAAGGCAACGGUCUGAAGUUCAUACAGAUGCAGUCAAAGAGGAUUGCGCUGGGAAAUCUUUUUCAUUAUUUGUCGAAUGAGCAGUGUUUGUAAGUGCUGAAUGGUGUGACAUGUGCGAGUUACUACUACAACCAGUUAGAGGGGUUUAGUCUCGAUCAACAGGUUGAACGUCUUGUGUUCAGGCAUGCAAUGUAGUUUUACGCGAUGCCUGAGUGGACAAUCCUCAACCUGUUUAUUAAACAUUUGCAACUGCUAAACUCUUAGCAAUGACUCCGAGAGAAGACCUCAGCAACAUUGCCCAGAGUGCUACAGGUGCUCGAGAUGAAGUAAGAGAGAGAUGAAAAGGGCACCAAUGGAGCGAAACAGAGGUGGUACCACUGCAGGGGUUCUGGUGUGGACACCAGCCCCAGCCUACUCCUCUCCCUCAAGCCCAGAGGGGUCAGACUUCAGAUGGGAGGAAGAAGUAGAUGAGGACUUUCAAAGACAGAUGGAUGAGAACGGCAUCAUUGGUCUGGCAGAGAGUCAAGGGCAGCUGGAGGUGGAUCAUAGAGAAGAGGAGCUUGGAGAGGACAUGUUGUGGGAUGUGAAGACACCAGAGCCUGAGGAUGGACCACCACCGUCCGCACUGGGGGAGAUAAGCUUCCGCCUGAGUGAACUGCUAGACUCUGGACCCCUCUCUCAGCCCACUGAAAAUGACUGCCACACUUCUUAUAUGCAAGAAGAGCAGGUUGCAGAUGAUGACCAAAGCGUUUUAUUGGAGGACUGGACCGAUGAUGAGCAUGAUGCCAGGAGCCCAAUGAUCCACAGGCAGGAAUUACACUCUUUCCCAGAGAGAGACGGAACAUUAGACAUGACAGAUGAAGAUACUGAGGAAACAGACAUGUGUGAAGAUUCUCAGAGACAUGCAGAUCACUCAUUUCCUGUCACAGAAAAAAUGGCGCAUCACAUCUACCCGAUAAAGGGUUUCGAUUUCAUUCAAAAUGGGAUUGAAGACCAUAUUCAACAUGUAGAAAUUACUGAGCGUUCGGAACAAAGUGAUUCCAAAGAACUCAAGAAAUGUUUUCCCUCAACUUCACAUCUGUCCUCUCCAAAAACUCUUCAUGCCUAUCCUUAUUUAUCCUUUGAGGAGCAGAUGGAUAACUGUGGGAUUGAUGCUGAGACCUUUUCAGAGGGAGCUCUUUCCAACAUCACGGUGGAGUCAUCUCAUAGCACUAGCACUCACCAGAGAUUUGAGCCUAAAGCUUACCAAACUAUUCAAUUUAGAGAGCUGGAGAGUAAACACAAGAACACACCUCAGACCUCAGUGAGAAGCCCUUUGAUCAGACUUGGAAAAACAGACCAUGCUGGUAUGAGUGAAGAUAACGGAGAAAGAAGGUUGCACAGUCCUUGUCACAACCACCAGCUUCCAAAACCCUCUCCUUCAAAAACAAACCCUGAUUUCCAGGAUUGUCAGGUUUCCAGUCGUACACAGAGCAUUGCUAAAGCGAGAAAGUGCUCUCCACCUCCUGCACCUCACCGUUCUUCAGAUAAAAAUAACCAAAGAACCUCCAAAACGUCCCACACCGAUCCAGUUGAUGUCAGGAAAGGCCAACUGAGCCACCCAUUGCCAGAUUUCUCUAAAGUGGGGCCGAAGGUUCAUUUCCCAAAGGAUGGAUACAAGCCCCCUAAAAGUCGUACCGUUGCUCAUGGCAAAACUUCACAGGCUAUUCUACCUGUAGUUUUCAAAUCACCUGCUGAGAUUGUGCGAGAGGUCCUGUUAAGCAGCACUGACGAGUCUCCAGGAAGUCCUUUCUCCGGUGGGACCCACAAGCAUUUAAACAGUACAGUACCAGAGGAGUUCCGCUGUCCCCAACAGACCAGCACACUAGUGCAACAGCUCCAGGAGGACUACAACAGGCUUCUGACUAAGUACGCUGAGGCUGAAAACACAAUUGACCGACUCCGUCUCAAAGCUAAGGUGAGCCUGUAUUCUGACCCCCCCAAACCCAGUACUGCUAUCCUGUCAGGUGUCAUUCAGGAGGGGUCAAAGGUCAUGACCCUCACCUUUCCUCAAGCACAGAGGGCAGAGUUUGGUGCAGGCUCUGCUAAUCCAACUGGGCAGAGAGAUCAUUUAGCUCAUAUUGUAGAAAACUCAAGAAAAGGCCAAACUCGCCCGUCCUCCGCGAACUCUGUUUCCUCCAGGGGUUCUGUGUCCAUCACUGCAGAUCAUCUGACAGAGACUCUGACCAACCAAACCUACAGAUUUCAGCUACAGGUUGAUUCUUUUGAGGAGCUUUUGAAGAAUGGGAAACUGAAGCCUUGCGAACAGCUUAAGGGUGUCUCCACGCUGGCUGAGGGACAGGAAUCUCUCGAGAGGGCAUAUCUGGAUACGCGAGCCCAGUUUCGGGUGCUACAGCAACGUCAAGGCAGGCCUUUGACCUUUGACCCCAACAGAGAACUAGAGGGUCAGAUCUUCACAUCAGGGAUGCGAUUGGAGGAACUGAAGGAGCGGGUAAAGCAGAACCAGACCACUUUAGAACCUCCUGCAACUCCACCUCCUCACUGGGAUAUGCUGUCUUUGUCCAUGCUGGAGACUGAACCAUUACCCGAGAGCCCACUGUCGGCUGCCCAUCCUGAGGCUUGUGUUGGCGCAGAGGUGAGUUCAGUUAGCGGAGAGAGCGAUGAAGAGGAGAUGCUUCCGUCCCAUCUUUAUCCUCUGAAUGACAAACAUCAAUAUGUGGAGAAGGACUUCGGUAAACUCAUGGACCGCUACCAAAGUUUUAAAGAGCUCCCAGGGCUGCUGGACAGAAGUGUGACUUUAAUGGGCUUCGACUCGCUGGAUUUUGAACACUCUUCUCCUUCCAGGAAUGAAAGCUACACGAACAGACAACAACAAUGGUCUACCACUGACAGAGAGAAAAGGCAGCCUGUAGCAGAUUGUGGUCCUCCCUCUGGCCCAUCCGCGAGGUCACAGGUACGUGACGCCAUGGAAACUCACCCCAAGGCGCCAUGGCACUCCUCAGUGUUGCCAGGGCAACCGGGCAGGGAGACGAAAACAGCAGGAAACAGAAAGGUCCUCAGCAGCAGCAUGACCAGCCUGGCUGAGACCAUAGAGACGGGGAAUAUAAUCUUGAAAACAAAGAGCAAGACUGCUGUAGCGCCCCCUCUGGAUGGAGUUGUGUCUCCAGAGACAGACAGUGGUUUUAUGGGAUCAGAGAGCAGUCAGCUUACUCCUGCAGUACACAGUCCUCUCCAGCAGAGAGCAGUAGUGAGGUCGUCUGGACCACACAUGAAGAACUCCAUAAAGGCAAAUUCUGCUUGUCGUACUAGGCAGGUUUCCUCUUCUCCCUCGCGACUCUCUCUGGAUCCCCCGGCAGACAAUCACACCACAGAAGGAUGCACCAGUUCUGUUGGGAGGAGAGCAAGAGAGGAGAGGUGUUCGGCUUCCUGUCUUGCUACCUCUACCUCCCCCCUUCAUUGGCCUGAAACCACCCUCCAACCCGGGCCGAGGGGCCUCACCAGCCAAUCAGAGCAUGGGAGUGAUCAGGAAGAAAAAGCACAAGAUAACCCAUACCCACAACCAGCCAAUCUGCAGUCCGACUUUCACAGAAGCCCCUGCCUCCCUGUGCCCUAUCACCGCAGCGACCUCAAAGCCCAAAGUUCUGUCCAGCUAACAAAUCACCAAGAGGCCCUUCAGUCCCUACAGGAGGAAGUGAACAAACUGAAAGAGAGACUAGAGGGAAGUCUGAGUCUCUCCAAACCUUCCAGUCCUGUUAUAGCGCCCCCUAACAUCUCAGAUUGUACCAGGGAUAACACUUCCCCACAUGCGGCCUCACCUCCUUGGCUUGAUUUAAGAUCUUCAGAAAGAAUGAGAGGGCAGAGAGAGAGGAGAAGCAGAGAGAUGGAGGAAAAAGUGAGAAGUGGUGCUCCACGACCCUCACAAGGGAAGAGAUCAGCGUCUUUGCCCAGAUAUAGAUCUGAAUCCAAUACAACAAGUGAUUCCGAGCAUGUGCAAUCUGAGCCAAGAGCAUCUGCGAUAAGUUAUGUCCCAGUGUCUCCUGUGACAUCAAGAGGAAGAAGACAAACCAGAUCCGGAUUUGGGCGUCACCAAAAUUGUACUACCCAUCAGACUAGCACACCAGAGGCUGAAUCUGAGGAUAGUGGUGACACAGAACCAAGCCAAGUCCCACAACCUAUCUGUGCACGCUGCGCAUCAAAGCGCAUUGGUGCCCCCGCCCGUCCAGCGAGGAGCACAAGUUUUCCAUGUCCCGCCCAGUCCCACUGUAGUCAUUGUGCAUUUUGUGGUGCAUUACAAUCCAGUCAAUCAAGAAUCCCGCAACCAGAAAAUCAGGGCUCAGUCCCAAGAUGGAGUCAACCAAUGAGAGCCUUACAGAGGGAGAGAGUAGGUGUGAACAUGGCUGUGGCUCCUCCCCCCACCGGCGUGGGUAGUGUUCCAGUUGUCCCGUAUAUGCCAGUCUAUCCUUCAACUCUUUACAUAUCCAGCCCUGUGACAGCCCAGGGCUACUCACAACCAUUUAAGAUCUCGAUGAGUCCCUCCAGAGAUGAGAGUUCAGAGGUUAGAGGUCAUCGCCGACGCUCUCUCUCUAUGGACCAUCAGCAGUCUUCUCUGAGCGGCUCACUGACACAUGCCAUCACGGUAGCUAGAAACAUGAGGCGGGUCUCUCGUCACAUGGCUCACUCUAUGGCAUCAGGACUGGAGAACAUGAGCGUCUUCGCCACAACCUACUGACGCUUACAUUUACUUUUAGCAGACGCUUUUUUCAAAAGUGACAUAUCAAUAAAGAAUACUACACUAGAACGGCAAGGACAUUUGUUUGGUUUCUAGGAAACAUGCAAAAAAAAUGAAAUGCACUCUUAAAGGGACAGUUCACCCAAUAAUGAAAAUUCUUUCUUCAUUUAUUCACCCUCAAGUUGACCCAAAUAUGUGUAAAUUCCUUUGUUCUGAUGAACACAGAGAAAGAUAUUUGGAAGAAUACUUGUAACCAGACAGUUCUUGACCACUAUUGACUACCAUAGUAGGAAAAAUUGCUUCAUAAAUGUCUUUGUUCUGUUAAACACAAAAGAAGAUAUUUUGAAAAGUGUAGGAAAGCAAACACUUCUGGGCAACUAUUGACUACCAUUGUCAUUUUUCCUGCCAUGGUAGUCAAUGGUGGCCAAGAACUGUUUGGUUACAAGCAUUUGUCCAAAUAUAUUUCUCUGUGUUCAUCCAAACAAAGAAAUUCAUACAGUGUAAAUCACAACAGAAUUUUCAUUUUCAGGUUAACUGACCCUUUAGAUUGAUUUGGAUGAAAGCGUUGGCCAAAUGCUCAAAAUACUAAUUUACUUUUAUUUAUUUUAAUAAAAUCAUCUCUGUAGCAGUGGGUUGACUGUGAUAGGCAGACGUACAAUGCUGCAAUAGAAAAAUAUGUAAAAAUGUGAAAUUCAAAUGUUUUUAAUUUAGCUGCAAUAUGGCAACUCCAAAAAGUAUUUGAAAAGGUGUAAGCCAUGCAUUAAAAUGUCUGAAUUUGAUUUCAUUAGAAAACUAAAUAUCAAAGUGACCAAGGAUUUAUGAGCAGUUUUUUACAUUUAAAAAUCACAUUACCUUUACCAUUCUUUGAAACCAGAUGAUAAAAGUACUAUUUUUCAAAAUGGCUAUGACAAGUGAACAAGUUCACUGAAAAUGUCUAGCACGAUUUUUUAGCUGAGGCCACUUUUUUUUUUAUUUUUUAUUUUGGUUCACUGAGUUUAUCUGAAGUAUUGAUGUUUACACUUUUUAUAUUAUUAAUAUUCAAAUACUUUUAGUGGCCAAUGUAGUUCAUCUUUGUCUGGCAAGCCCAGAUAAUCUCUUUACACUCCAAUUACAAUAAGUGAGAAAUGUUUGUUUGCACAUAUUUAAUGCAAUUGAACGAUGUAGAUGUUAACAUGUUUUUUUCUUAAUUAUUUUUUAAUGAAAGAACUAGAGUAUGUGAUUCCCCUUAAGCAGCAGUGGACAUCACUGCUAUGCAAGUUUACACUCUUUCACCAAUUAUUAGCUUUUAGCUAUGAAUAAGAGUUAGCUGUAUAUGAUGACAGAUGUUUUAUUCUUCUAGGUUGCGUAUGCAAAAUUAUAUUUUCUUAGACACUGUAGGGCAAGAAUUUUCAGGGAAAAUGGCGUGAGAGUCAAUAUAAGAUGUACUGUAGGUUUCAUGUUUUAUAUUUAUACAGUUGCGACUGUAGACUUUUAUAUUAAUACUAUUAAAUGAUGCUUAAAAUUUUUA